UGCACAAGACUCUCAUUCUCAGUCAACCCAACAAGCAAAACAAACCAGAACACCAUGGCUCCUCUCAGGAACUGUUUCUUAGCAUCUCUGGUGAUGGCAUUUACAUUCACAAGCUCCUUCACCGUCCUUUCCGCUCACCGUCAUCUUCUCCAAUCAACACCAGCGACUCAGCCUCCGGCUUUAACAUUCCCACCUCUUCCCAAAACCACUAUGCCACCGCUUCCUUCUCUACCAAAUCAACCACAGCCAAAUCUACCACCAAUGCCAACACAGAUACCUUCAUUGCCCAACCCGGUGCAGCCCACGAUCCCCAACCUUCCACAGGUGAACUUACCUAUUCCCAGCAACUUACCCUUCAAUCUACCUUUCAACAUCCCAAACAUUCCUUUCCUCACUCCACCACCGUCAAAGUAGAAGAAGCGACGAGCUAGGUCUUUAGCUGACACGGAUUUAUAUUAGUCCUUGCGUUGACACAGCUUUGUAUCACACACUUUACUUUUGUGUCAGUUUGUAAUACACAUAUCUGUACUGUUUCUUAUUCUUUUUUUCGCUGGUGUCGUCCUUAUUCUUGUUGCUUCCAUUAGUCGGUUCCUUUUCUACUAUACUAUACAGAAUUUUCUUCUC